CAGAACUUGUCCCGUUGAUGACGUCACACCAGAGCUCUUUGUGUCCAGCUGAUCUACCAGUGCCGUUAACGCUUGGAGGGCCGGGUCCUGGUUACUACUACGUCUACCAGGCCGGAGAAGAUGGGGUGCUGCUUUAGUAAGGAGCUCAACCCCGGCCUGCCGAGUGAGAGGAGCGGUCUGUUACAGCCCCCACGGAAUGAGGGGACAGACCGGGUAAGGCAGCACGCUGUGGCUGUGGCUCAGCAUGUGUGCUUAGACGAAGAGGACACGUGUGGGACAGACGGACCGGCUCAGAGGAAGCCUCAGGAAGAUGAGGUCAGACAUCCACAACGGGACCACAAAGUUACAACGGAUUUGUCCGUCAUGAGCAGGGACGGAACCACGGUGAGCGUCUCUUACCAGGAGAACCAGGCUGUUAUUAACAGGACCGGGACAGACCAGGACACGGAGCCAGGCGGGACGCAUGCUGCUAGGCCCAGCUGUGAACCAGCACCGUAUAUGGAGGUGCCCACGCACAGUCCAGCCAAACAGAAGAUUCUGGAGAAUGCCACACUCAGGGCUCAGUGGUUCAAUCAGCUCCCAAACGGGGAGCACAAACCGGCCAAAUGUUUGUCCGCUACCUCCAUGUCACCCAGACACGAGCAGCCCAACGCUGACCAGGGCGAGGAAAGCGAGGAGGCCUUUGUCGACACCACGGCGCUGUGUCAUGGUUUUGAAAUCCGGACCCGGAGCUUCUACAGCAUAUGUUCCAUCGACGCCGACGACCUUGAGCAAGACCACUUCCAAGGCCAAUCACAAACAGCUGGAACGACACACUUUCACACAGCUGAAGGAGGAACAGCUGCUCUGGCCUCUAUAGUGGAGUCUCCGGUCUCCAGCCAAUCACACACCGGGGCAUCCACAGUCCGGGACCACGUCACUGAAUCCAAAACAGCCAUCCAGUCCCCUUAUGAGGAACCAGCUUCAGUUCAGUCCGCCACAGACCCGUCACAGACCCCCUCAUCAGAGGAGACCACAGUAGCUCAUGCUGUUGAGUGUCAGCUGGUGGACUCCCUGUGUGACCCCCUGACCCCGUCCAGCAGAACCAGUGAAGAACCCAAAGCGUCUGCUGUAGACGGCACUCUGCUUGAAGCGUUGAAUGGACAGACAGCUGCAGAGGAUGAAUCCAAGGAUUACAUGUUGAUGACAUCACACACUGAUGAAAGUGCAGGUGUGGAGGAGGACGAUGAGCUUGUGCAGAGUGAGACGCUGAGGGACGCUGUGAACUUAGGGGGCCACAGAGCAGCAGAGGAAACCGUGGGGGCUUCCCAUGAGGAAGAGUUAGACUCUGACUUCAAUCCUCUGUUGACCCAGCAGGGGGGCACCAGUUCACCGGCGCCAGAUGAACCCGCUCAUCCGGACACGCCCAGCCCGAGUACUCCAAAGCCCAGUGAGGGCAACGCCAUCCCUGUGUGCGAUGACAGAGUGCACAGUGAGGAAGAGGAGGAAGCUGUACACAGCGGAACAGCAGAGACAACUCUUACCUCAGUGUCCUCGGUGUCCUCGGUGUCCAUCAUCUCAAUGGUGUCUUCACUGCCCGUUGAACUCACUGCCUUCUCCUGCCACACAAAUGCAAUCCUUCUCUCAGAGCUGGAGAACACGUCUCACCCCUGUGACGCCAUCACAUCCGACCAAUCAGACAACCCAGCGUCUGGACUGAGCAGCGCUGAGCCUCCUGAUCCAGAUGUUGAAGCUCCAUCCUCUGGCUGUGAGCUCAGUGAUCACAGGUUUGUUGACAGCGGCAAACGGCUCAAUGGUCCUGAUAUGGAAUCUGAAAGUGUCACAGACGAUCAUUUUCAAGAUGACCUCGUAAGCGACAAAGAGGUUGUUGGAAAAACCAAAGCUGACAUCCGUGAGACAAGCAAACCUGCAUCGAUGGAGGAUUUUACAGAUGUUUUACUUGAAAAGCACCAAAACGGUUUCCUGUUGUCAGGGAAAGGAGACUGCCCCACUCCCCCCAAGUCAGUCCUCUCCAGUGUUUCCUGUGUGGAGCCUGAAGUCCACCUCCAUGUGAUGACGUCUGCACUGAGCAGCAACAUUCCUCCAGGUGCCCCUGAGACCCCGCCUCGUGGCGCCGAGAUGGGGGCCCUCGCUUGUGACGAGUCCUUCGUCACUCUUGGUGACUUCAGCAGCCCGGAUGAUCAGGCCCCAGCUCCGGUCAGCCAGCAGGACCCCCCCGUGGACCAGGGUCAGAUCGACCUCUAUGCCUCGACUCCGUCAUACGAGAUCCACUGCGGGGGCCCCGAGCCGCCGGCGACUGCCGAGGAGGGCGAGCGAGAGGGAGGGAUGAUGGAGAUGGUGUCCGAGCUGCUGGGGGAAGAGGCGGACUCCGUCUGCCGCCUCUACCCCCAGCCCUGGAUCCAGCUGGGUCUGGAGGAGGGCUGCGGGGCCUGGGCCCAGGGCGCCGCCGAGGCCCGGCCCGGCUGCGGAGACGGGGGUGCGAUGGGCGGCGUGGAGCAGAUCCCGGCGCUGGUCUCAGAGCUGCAGCCGUCGAUGGCUCUGCUGGGAGCGUACCCCUACAGCACGGUGAUGCCUCAGGGACGCUGUGUGUGGGACUGGCACACGGAAUACACUCCGGCUGGACCCGUUGCUGCCCCCAGCCUUAACCCUAAUGCUGAGGCAUGGACCAAUCACGCCUUUAACUUAGACGUCGCAGGCCCCGCCUACCUGCAGGCUGAGCAGCCAUGGCUGCAGUACCAUCAAGUUCUGACCAAUCAGGAAGGGUGCGAGCCGGAGUUGCAGCUGGAGAACGAGGGCCUGAUGGAGGCUGAGGUGGAUGUGAGCUCACUGGAGAACCAGGUGCUGUCUGCUGAAGCCGCUCUAGUCAACAGAGAGACACCCGUCAUAGAUGGGAGCAGAGACGAGCUGAGGAGCUUUUUGGAGUCCUGCCUGACCAGGGAGCACCUUGGUAACGACCUCUACCUCAACUCCCAGAUGGACAGCGACCAGUAUGUUUCCAUAACGACCCUGGCCAACCUCGACAAGGUCAAGAGUCUCAGCACAGACGUGGACCUGAUCUCCAACAUCCUCCAAUCCCUGCCGCUGGUAGAGAUGGCCCCGUGUGGACAGAAGGUCCGGCCCUUUCAGAGCCGCUGUGUGGUCAUCCUGAGGGAGAUCUCCCACGACACGCCUCAGGAGGAGGUCGAGUCUCUCUUCGAUGGGGAGGACGUGCCCAAGUUCCUGAGCUGUGAGUUUGUGAGCAACGAUAACUGGUUCAUCACCUUCCAGUCCGAAACCGACGCGCAGCAGGCCUACAAGUACCUCCGAGAAGACGUCCGGGAGUUUAAGGGAAAGCCCAUCAUGGCGAGGAUUAAGGCUAAAACCAUGGCCGUCGCGUCCUUUGCUCCCAAAAACGGCUUCAGACCCCCCCAUCUGAACCAGUGCAGCAAUCAUUACGCCACCUACUACCCCCCCCGGACCUACCAGCCGCCCGGGCCCCCCGAUCAGCUCUAUGAUCUGGCCAACGAGGUGUGGGCCCCUCCUGCCCCGGGCUACCAGGACUGCGUCCAGAACCAAACCCUGAUGAACGACUUCAUGAACGGACUCUCCAGCUUCAGGCCGCACAGCACCAACAGGCCGAGGAGAGGCUCCAGGUGGUCCAACUUCAGAGACCGCUGGCAGUCCAAUCAGAACGAAACCCCCCAGGGGUCCGAGCAGGUGACUGCGGAGGCCUCCUCCACUCCACCAGCGCCGGGCAGAGGGAGGUCACGAGGCAGCAUGCGCUGGCCGAGCAGAGGGGGGAGAGCGCCCUCUUCUGAUCGAGGAAGGAGAGCCAACUUCAGCCAGAGGAGGAGAGACAGGACCUGGGACCGAUCAGCUGCACCCACUCAGUUGCCGCCUUGCCAGCCACCACCCCCCCCUGAGCUUGGCCUCACCAGCUUCCCUCCUCUGCCUCCAGCUAAUACCGCCAUGACGGCUGCAGCCAACGGCAACGCCAAGACUCCAGUGAGGAGCAGCAGCGCCAGUGGACCAGAGCCAACGGCGUCACCAGAGCCUGAGCAGACCUCAGACCAGAACGAGAAGGAGCGAGCAGAGGCGACCACGGAGGCCCAAGCUGCUCCGCUGACCCAGGACCAGAUCUCGGAGUCCAAGAGGCCCAGCUACGCCGAGAUCUGCCAGCGAGCGUUUCCCAAUGAGCCGCCGCCCACUGACUCCACCUCUCCAGAGGCGGAGGGCACCCCCACCUUUCCGGGCCAGCCCUUGGAUCCAAUUCUGUUGCCACGGUGAUCGCAUCCAGUGGAGAAAAUAAGGCCACCUUUUCAGUCUCCUGGGUGUCACAAACAGGGAAUGUUUGAAUGUGAUGUGCUGUCAUUAGACAUGAAGCCUCUUGGACCCGGACCGGAACACGAGGGACCGGCCUCUCCGACCCCUCGGUGUCAGGCCCAGUUGAUCUUUAGGUGGCCGUUAGUUUCCCUGUUCAUCCGAUGGUUCUCUGUGCAGGUUGUUCCAUGACUGUUCCAUGUGUUAUUCUCACACACUAAAUGUUCCGACCCGUCUCCCAGUUCGUUCCUCUUGUUGAUGCUGGUGAGUUCUGAGGUGAUUGAUGCGAUCACACUGAAAAGCACUGACUUCCAGCUCUUUAUCUCUUUUUUAAUUUCAUUUUUGAUUUGAUUGAAUGUCUCAUUUUUAUUUGUUUAGGAGUGCUUUAGUGUGUUUUGUUGCCAUGGCGCCCUGUGUUAAAGACACAGGUGGUAUGAAGGCAUGGCUCUCUCUCCCGAUAGAGAACACCUUUUAAAUGUAACCGGUGGCAUGUGUUACUUUGUCUGUACAGGUGUACAUAUUGAACAGAUAUUAA